CCCUGUCAUGUCCCAACCGAUUGACUGGGGUGAAUUGUUUGGAUCGGAUGAGGACCAAGAAACACCAUCCCAUAAUGAGGGCGAUAUUCUCCAAAGCUGGCAUAGCAUUCCGGGUUUACAGUUAGCGCAACACAGUCUUACACACGAUGAGCAAAUGCAACUCACCAAUGAUAUUAUUCGUCACGGUUACUUUGACGAUGCCGCAGGCGUUAAUCAAGCCAUGUGCUUUGGUACGCUGCCUUCUCACUUUCAGUGGCUAUGUGAAUGGGUACGUCAACAGCCUGAGCUUUUACCGCCAAAUUUACGCGAUCGAGAGCCGUUAUUCGAUCAAGCCAUUCUCAAUUUUUACCACAAAGGCCAAGGUAUCAUAAGCCAUGUUGAUCUUGAGAGAUUUGAGGAUGGUAUCGUUAUCGUUUCGCUACUGUCAUCUUGUGUUAUGACGAUGCGUCCUGCGGACAAAAGCAAAGUGGGCUACAGUGCGUCUAAAAGCGGGGAACCAAGUGGCAAAGUGGAAGUUCCUGUAUUAUUGUCACCAGGAUCUGUUAUGGCCAUGUCUGGAUCAGCACGAUAUGACUGGGAGCAUGGUAUUAAGGAACAGUUGGUGGAUACGUACGGCAAUAUUACUAUCCAAAGAGGAACACGGAUUAGCGUUACAUUACGCAAACUCAAACCAGGACAGUCAUUAUCAGAAGAAGCAACACAACGUAGGAGACCAAGAUGAAGUCAUUACAUGUAGAAUGCUAUAAUAUUAUACCAUCAUCACACUACACUUUUAAAUAAGAAAAUGAUUUAUGGAACAGAU